AUGAGGCCCAGCGCGGCCUUGAGCGUGGAGCGGGCCGAUCUCGGGGCGGACCUGAAGGCCGCCUAUAUAUAUACACAACAUUCCCGCGCCGGCCUGCAGUUCCCCAUGGGCUGCGUUCACAGGCUGCUCGGCAAGGGCAAUUAUGCCCAGCGUGCUGGCGCUGGAGCACCCGUCUACCUGACCACCGUGCUCGAGUACCUCUUUGCCGAGAUCCUUGAGCUGGCUGGCAAUGCCGCCCACGACAACAAGAAAACGAGGAUCAUCCCCCGACACCUGCAGCUCGCCGUGCGCAACGACGAAGAGCUCUACAAGCUCAUGGGCGAUGUGACCAUCGCCCAGGGUGGUGUGCUGCCCAAGACCUCUCAGCCCAAGAAGUGA